AUGUCUCGAUCCAACGCCCCGAACCAGCAAGGUUCGCGCAAGAUCUCUUUUAACGUCAGCGAGCAAUACGACAUUCAGGAUGUUGUCGGUGAAGGCGCAUAUGGCGUCGUAUGCUCGGCUAUCCACAAACCGUCUGGCCAAAAAGUUGCCAUCAAGAAGAUCACUCCCUUCGACCACUCCAUGUUCUGUCUGCGGACCUUGCGUGAGAUGAAGCUUUUGCGGUACUUCAACCACGAGAACAUCAUCUCCAUUCUCGACAUUCAAAAGCCACGCAGUUACGAAUCCUUCAACGAGGUGUAUCUGAUUCAGGAACUCAUGGAAACCGACAUGCACCGUGUCAUCCGCACGCAAGACCUGUCCGACGACCAUUGCCAGUACUUUAUCUACCAAACUCUCCGCGCCCUGAAGGCGAUGCACUCUGCAAACGUCCUUCACCGUGAUUUGAAGCCGUCGAACUUGCUUCUCAAUGCCAAUUGCGAUCUGAAAGUCUGCGAUUUUGGAUUGGCGCGGUCGGCUGCAUCGCAAGAAGACAACUCGGGAUUCAUGACAGAAUAUGUUGCGACUCGGUGGUACCGUGCCCCGGAGAUCAUGUUGACCUUCAAAGAAUACACAAAAGCCAUUGACGUCUGGUCCGUGGGCUGCAUUCUGGCCGAGAUGCUGAGCGGCAAGCCCCUAUUUCCUGGGAAGGAUUACCACCAUCAGCUGACACUGAUCCUGGACGUUCUUGGCACACCUACCAUGGAGGACUACUAUGGCAUCAAGUCGCGGCGUGCGCGUGAAUAUAUCCGGUCUCUGCCCUUCAAAAAGAAGGUGCCGUUCCGGACGCUAUUUCCCAAAACGUCGGAUCUCGCGCUUGACCUGCUGGAGAAGCUGCUUGCAUUCAACCCUGUUAAGCGCAUCACAGUGGAGGAAGCUCUCAAGCACCCAUACCUGGAGCCUUACCAUGACCCGGAUGACGAGCCGACGGCACCGCCCAUUCCGGAGGAGUUCUUCGACUUUGACAAGCACAAGGACAACCUGAGCAAAGAGCAGCUGAAGCAGCUUAUCUACCAGGAGAUCAUGCGGUAA